UGUAUUUGACAAGAAUGGCGAAAUAGUAUAAUUUGUUAUUUCAUAAUAUACAUACAGAUAAAAAGAAAACGUUGUAGUGAAAAGAAAUUUGGUUACAACAGGGAAACAAAUUUUUAGUGUAAAAAAGGUAUUCAAGCUGAUAUAGACACAAUACAAUGGAAAGUAAAGAACAAAAUGGAAAUUCGCAAGAAACCGACGAUGGGUCCAAACAAAACAAUGAAAACAGCAACAAAACAGAUUGUUAUCAAAAUGACGCCAAAGUGAUAGUGGAGCAGCAGGUAACGCUGGUUCAACCAUCAACAAGUAGUAAUGAAAACAAGAAACCCCAAUCGUUGGCAAAAUUAACGGAGCGCACUAAUACCAUUAUUAAAAAAUUGGCAACAAAACGUGAGCAAUUGCAGCUGCAAAAGAAUCGAGUAGAAAGCAAUAAAGAUGCCUUAAAAGAAAAUGAUAUGAAAGUGUUGAAAGCAUUGCAUGCUAUGGACAAGAAAGAGGCAUCGUUCUGGCCUAAUGGCAUCUUACCGAAUGGAGUUACUAAGCCCAAUAGAGCUAUAGCAAAAGUAGAAACAGUCAAGCCACUCCAACAGCACACGAAAAAACAGUUAGAAAACCUGGUAGAGGGCCUACAAGAAUUGGUACGGAAGCUAACGUUAAACGAUAACAACUUAAAAUCAAAGGCAGAACAAAUGUCCCAUCAGAUUAGUGGUUUACAGAAUUUUCCGAUAUUUUCAAAUUCGCUAUUAAAUGAGCCUUCUACCUCGGCAGAAGGAAGAAAGAGAAAUGGUUUUAGAAGAGAUUCUGAAAAGACAAUAACUAAAGAAAAGGAGCAAAAAACCAAAAAGAAAAAUAAAAAAGUUAAAUUAACUCCAGCAGAUAUUUUUGCUAAGUACAUUAAUGAUAUACUUACGCAAUAUUUUGGAGAAGAUCAAGCAGAGAAAAUAGAAAAAUAUAAAUGCUUAAAAAAACACAUAAACAACUUGGAGUCAUAUGCUAAGACAUUGGUUCAGGCUGGUUUCGGACGUAUUGUAGAGUCAGAAAUACGCAUAAAUCGAAAAAAUAAUAGGCAAUCGUUUAUAACAAUGUCCACGGAUAGAUAUACUAAAGAAAAGGAUGGCAUGAUCUUAAUGCCAGUGGCCCGACGCUAUGCUUUUGAAGGUGAUAUUGUUAGAGCGUUUGUUUUGAAUCAAGUAUCAGCUAAUAAUAAUACGACGACAACUGCAGAAGGCAGCUUGUCCAACAGAAAGAUUAGGAAAAUAUCGUCACACAUUACGGGAGGCAACAAUUCUGUGUCUUUAGCAGAAGAUGAAUUAUUAUCUGAUUCUUUGCCCGAAUCGGAUAAUGAGGCAAUAACCGAUGUCUUGGAUACCAGCAUGGCCACGGUAACGGAAAAUUGCCGCAAAGCAUUUGUUAUAAGAAUUGUAAAGCAAACCGAGAUGCGAGAAGUUGUGGGUACAAUAGGUUUUGUAGACACCACUGUUUUCAAAUCGGAUUAUUUCUUCAAACUAAAGCCACAUGAUAUGAGAGUACCCAUGGUUUAUAUACCCCAGAUUGAUUGCGUUGAUGAGAUGAUAGCCACUGCUGCGGAAGCUGUUAUAAGAGACAAUCUUUACGUGGUUAGAGUUUUAAAAACAGACAGAAACGGGCAUUGCAUAGGAGAGUUAGUACAGCAAGUGGGAAAAGUUGGUGAUUUGCAGGCAGAGAUUAAAGCCAUACUUUUGCACAAUGGCCUGAGGGAUAUAAAGCCUUAUGAGCAAAAAUUCCUUGAUAUGUAUAAAGACCCAAUGCCCCUACCCAACGAGGAAGAUUUAAAACAUCGUGAAGAUCUACGUAAGAAGUGUGUUUUUACCAUAGAUCCCCUAACUGCCAAAGAUUUAGAUGACGCGGUAUCGGUGGAAAAACUGAACGAUCAGGAAUACGAAAUUGGCGUACAUAUCUCGGAUGUUUCGUAUUAUCUGGAAGAAAACUCCGAAUUGGAUGAAAUAGUGAAAUAUCGAGCAACCUCGAUAUAUUUGGUUAACGAAGUCAUACACAUGCUGCCACCAUCUUUGUGUUUUAGAUGCUCUUUGCUGCCCGGAGAGGAUAAAUUUGCCUUUUCAGUUUUUUGGAAAUGGAACAGCGAAACACAAGAAUUCGGUGCACCUCGAUUUACACGUUCCAUAAUCAAUUCAUGUACUCAGUUUGCCUAUGAACAUGCUCAAAAGAUAAUCGAUAAUCCCACGGAAGAGUUUGAUACAGAUGAUUUUCCCGAUAUUGUAAAUGAAUGGACACCGAAUGAUAUUAAAUGGCGUGUAUUGUUGCUGCAACAGAUAGCCCAGCAGUUAAAAGCUAAACGUUAUGAAAACGGUGCAUUAACAAUAAAUAAUCCCAAAUUGCGCUUCCAAAUGGAUCCCAAGACGGGCGAACCUAUAGCCUACGAAAUAGAAGGACGUAAAGAAGCAAAUUUUCUAAUCGAAGAAUUCAUGUUAUUAGCUAAUCAGUCAGUGGCUAAAUUCAUACAUGAUCACUUUCCCGACACCUCCAUUUUGCGUAAUCAUUCGCCACCAUUACAAAAAUCUAUGCAAGCUUUGAAGGAGCGUUUAAACAGUAUGGGUUUAGAAUUCGACAUUAGUUCAUCGAAAGCUGUUCAAGAUAGUAUUCAGCGAUUAACUCAACAAGCCAGCGAUCCAAAUGCUGUGGAUAUUUGCUUGAGUGCUUUACUGACAAAACCAAUGGCCAGAGCUAAUUAUUUCUGCAGUGAGGGUAAAACUGAAGAGGCAGACUUACGGCAUUAUGCUUUAUCUGUUCCAAUAUACACACAUUUUACCAGCCCAAUUCGUCGUUAUCCCGAUAUACUUGUUCAUAGACUACUUGCCGCUGCCCUCAAUUACUGCCCACCACCUAAAAGAACCGCCGACGAAUUACAUCAUUUGGCAAAAAUUUGCAAUGAUCAAAAAUAUAAUGCCAAAAAUGCCGGUGACGAAGCAAUUGAACUAUUCUUUACGCGUUAUGUCAAAGCCAAACAGUCGAUCACUGUUAAAGCGGUUGUCACCGAGAUUUCUAAACUCACGCUGAGUGUUGUAACUAUCGAUACCGGUCACUCAAUAUCAAUUACGUACAAAUUACAAAAGGUUCUAGUGGAUACAACCAAUGUGCCUAACUCGAUUUGCAUUACGGAGAAAAAUUCACAAAUACCACCACUAAAGUUACAGCUUUUCUCGACCUUAGAUAUAAAUUUAGUUUUGCGCAGUAACAAAAUAUGUGGUUUCUUUGCUUCGCCCGAUAUGAACCAGAGACGUGAAAAUAGUAAAGAAUCCUCGAAAAAAGAAAAACUAUCGAACAAUGGCAUAAGACAUCGUCAUCAAAGCGAUUCUAUAUCCGAACAAGAUGAGGAUAUCAACCAACAAAGAUCAUCAUCGAAUUCGAGAAAGAGAAAUAUGCAAAUGAAAAACAGGAAGGAGAAUGGAAGAUUUUAUGCACUUGCGAAUGACAAGUAAAUUAGAGGAAUGGAAUAAUGACGACAAAUUAUAAUUUAUGCAUCUCAUAGAUUUUUUUUUUUUAUUAUUUUUUUUUUUUUUUUUGGUUGAGUAAUUUUGUAAAACAGUCGGUACCUCUUUUCCUUAUUGUGAGAAACUUUUAAUUCGAAAUAUUUAUAAACCUCUGGUUAAACACAGGACAAGUAAGAGUAAAUUGUUUACUGUGGCUGUUUGAACAUUAUAUUGUUAAAAACUAAAUGACUACUAGAAUUUUUAAAAAAAUUUCAAUUCGAAAACUCACAAAUUAUAAAAACGAUUUUUUUUUAAAAAUGAUUUUUUGUUUUACAAUACCAUAAGCAUGGUAGAACAUCACUAGGUAGAAUUAUAAGAAAGUAUGUACUAUCUCAAUUAUACAUUUAUUGUAACUUUAAACAAAAGAAUUUGUAAAAUAAUUUUAACAAAAAUGUAUAUUUAUUUUAUAAAAAAAAUAGCAGUGAUUAAAUCUAUAGUUUGACGUUGUGGUAAUACAUAUUGACAACUCCUCCUGAUAAUUGUACCUAGUCUAAAUUGCUCCAUGAAUUUAAGUAUUUAGUGGAAUUUUCAAUUAAUAUAUAUUUAAUUUCUCAGUAUGUAUGUAGUUUUUCCCCUACAUAAUUUUAUAACUUGAUAUUAAAACAAAUUUCACUAGUGUUUUGAAAUUUUUAUUUUCGUUUAUUUAAACGACUAACAACAUUUUUCACCAGCCGCUGCCAUUUUGCCAUUAUGGCGGGGUUACAAAAGAUGUAUAAUCUUAAUAGAAGUGGUGUAUUUUAGAUUUUAAAUUAUUAUUUUAUUAUUUACAAACACAAAUUGAAGACAUCAAAUAAUAAUAAAACAUAACAUUACAUGUAUUUCCUUCCAUCUUGCCAUUACUUAUGGCAGGUUUAAAAAAGACGUACAAUCUUAGCUGAAGUGUUGUAUUUUAGAUUUUAAAUAAAAGCUACAUUAUUUAUAUAAAAAAAAUAUAUACAUAUAAUUUUUUAACUAAAAACAUUACAAUUUUUAUUCCCUUCAGAUUGAAAAUUAUUUAAAAAAUAAAAUGUUCAUUAAAUAAGUGUUCGUUCAUGUAUCAAAAAACUUAACAAAAUUGUAACAACUUGUAAUUGCGAAUUAAGACGUAAAAGUUGUUUCGUGUUACUGUACAAAGCUUAAUUUAUAUGUACAAUACAUUUCACUUAAAAGCUUUUUAUUGAAGCUAUUUUUCAUAAAUAUAACUUUUUAACAGUGAUUGUGUUUUGAAUAAAAUGUAUGUAUUUCUUUAAGUUAAAUUAAUGGCAAAAUACGAUGAAUAAAAAAGAUUUUUUUUUUUAAAAUUAAAAA